CUUACACCCAACGCUGCCGCUUCGUCAUCAACCUCCACACCUUGUCCCAAAAAAAAAAAAAAAAAACUCAACACCGCCGUCUCCGAAUUCCUCAAUUCCAGAGGAGGCGAACCAACCCUGGAUCGGAUCCGGACUCCGACUGCUGGCCGGAACAAUGGCAACGCAGUCGGAGCCGGCAUCAACCCGUCGUCCUCCACCGCCCUCAACGACGGAUUUAUUUCCGUGCCCACCUUCUCCUGCGUCCGCCGCCGAUUUUGUUUUACCCUUCGCCGGCUUGUCUGACGCUUCCGACGACGACAUGGAUAGUGCGGAAGAUCGACCGUCCUUGGUUGCGGAGGAGGAGGACAAGCAGCCUGUUCCCUUUAGCGACGCUCCGUCUCCGGUGCGCGCCGUGCUCAACCGUCCGUGGCCAUCCGCCGUCGUCAUCCGGCCGGAGGAUAAUCCGUCCGGGAAAUACCGCACUCUGGUGGCCACCGCCAAGGACAUCGGGGACCCGAUCUCGCCGGAGGAGAUAGCCGCGCUGGAGGACAAGGAGGGCGACGACGCGGGCACACGGUUCUACAAGGCAGCUGCUCGGGCCAACGUCGUUAUGAGGAAUUACAUCCAUGAACACGGCAGCCUUUACAUGGAUGAGAACGGCAAGUACAUGAUGGACAACUCCGCCCAAGUUGAGGAAAUACGUUGCAAGCAUGUUACAGCAGAAGAAAUGGAAGCGAAGAUAAUGAAGCAAGAGAUGAUUAAGGAGCAAACUUAUUUAUCAGAACUGGCUUUAGCGUGUUUCAACAAGAGGAGAAAGGUGAAGUUUGAGUUGUGUGAGACAUUGCUUUCUAGACUCUUUUACGAGAGCAGCCGUAUUUUUACGCACCUAAAUUUUGUCGCCAAGCGCAAGGAUAAGAAGAAACUCUUUUUCGCGGAGAUAGAGGACUGUGGACAGGGUGGUAAAGAGAUCUUGGAAGUACGCUGUUGCGUUCCCCUGGAUUCAUUGUGUGAAGGUGGUUAUUAUUACUACUAUCAUGAUCCUAGACGUGGCUGUAGGAAAGGGCUUGACUUCACGCGAUGCUAUGCCUGCACCGAGUUCCUGAAACAUCCGGUUGACGGCUCAACGUACUCAGGAGGCCAUGACCAUCGUAGGAGGAACUAUAUAGUCUAGAACGUUGUUUACGUUGUUUCAUUUAUUUAUCAGCGGUGGAGUCUCAUUGUCGUUGAAGUCCAUACCGGACCUUGCAGCAACGGGGGCACAGUGAGCUCAAUUAUAUUAAUCGAUUCGCAGUGGAUCCG